AACACCAGCGAGAGCCUCUGAGUAGGGUUGGGUUCUGCUUAUAGCUCUCAGGUAAUCUCCUGGAUCUCUCAGUUCUGUGCCUUGAGAUUACCUAUCGGGACAUCUCUAGGAUUUUUAUUAGUAAUUUUAAGAUUCAAGAGUUUCAUUGACUCGGAGCUCAAAUUGGUCUUGAACUACGUGCGGGUUCCCCCACCAGUCACCUCAUUAUACUUCAUAGGAGAGGUGUGAUGAAAAGUGUGUGGAGCAGGGGGACUGCGACGAGAGGAGUAGGAUUGGAACAAGGAGAGGUUGGAUUGGAUUGCGACAUUUCCGGUCUCGGUAUUGUGAAGGGCUGAGACUUGGAUUUAUAAAACUACCUUUUCUCUGUCCCGAAGAUAGUGUUUACGUCGCCUUAAAGCGUGUAGUGUGAGGGGGAGCUACCACCCUUUGUGUUAAAGCUAAUGUUUUAAUGGGUCGCUUUUCCCAACAAGGGUUGGGUCCUCGGCGCGGGGCGAAGUCGUAAAGUGUAUCUGGGCGCCAGCACGCCUUCGUCGCAAAUACGCCUGCGGCGGGCGUUUCUUCCAUUCACUGUCGCAAAAGCAGCCCCAGUCUUCUAGAUUCUCUUAGCCGCUGUCGUCCCGCUGUGCCGUAAAGCAAGUCUCCCCGACCCCGUCGUCCUUCGGUUCCCCUCGUGAUAGACCUUGGUUCCUUAGCUCUGGAUGCUUCAGUGCCGUAAAGCAUAUCAGGCCCCAGCCCCCGGCCGUAUUCCCCCAGGGCGUCUAUCCGCCGCGGUUGCCACGGUGCCGCCAAGCGCGGCUGUCGCGCGGCCGCGGUAUCAGCGGCGAUGGCGGCGGGGUCGGGUGGGAGUGGGGGCUCUGGGGCAGGCCCCGGGCCAGGGCCGGGGCCAGGCGGGGGAGGGGGCCCUGGCAGCAGCGGACCAGGACUGGGGUCCAGCGGGGGUCUCGGCAGUGGCGGGGAACUGCACCCGCGCACUGGGCGCUUGGUAAGCCUGUCGGCCUGUGGGCGCACAGCGCGGCGGCAGCAGCCGGGCCAAGAGUUUAACCACGGGCUGGUGCUGAGCCGAGAACCCUUGCGCGACGGACGCGUCUUCACUGUCCGCAUCGACCGCAAGGUCAACUCCUGGAGUGGCUCCAUCGAAAUCGGAGUGACAGCACUGGAUCCUAGUGUGCUGGACUUCCCAAGCAGUGCCACUGGGCUGAAGGGAGGGUCCUGGGUAGUGUCAGGCUGCUCAGUGCUUCGGGACGGGCGCUCUGUGUUGGAGGAAUAUGGCCAGGACCUGGACCAGCUUGUGGAAGGGGACCGUGUGGGUGUGGAACGCACAGCCACUGGGGAGCUCCGGCUCUGGGUGAAUGGGCGGGAUUGUGGUGUGGCAGCCACAGGCCUGCCUGCUCGAGUCUGGGCUGUCGUGGACCUUUAUGGCAAGUGCACCCAGAUCACUGUGCUGCCCCCUGAGCCAGGCUUCAGCCCUUCUACUCCUAUCUCCACACCUCCCCUUGAGCCCUUGGCCCCUCCAGAAGAUUCUGCCCUGUCGGAACAGGGGACUUCUGUGGAUGAAGACUUUGCCAGCAUGGAACUGUCUGAGGUGGUGAGCAACGCCAUCCUGUCUGCCUACAAUGGGGGCCUUCUUAAUGUGAGCCUGAGCUCCCCACCAGCUGCAGACGGACUGGCAUCCAGUGGGUCAGCCACCUCUCCCAUCCUCACUUCCAAUGAUGCCCUGCUCUUUCAUGAGAAGUGUGGAACCCUCAUCAAACUCAGCAACAAUAAUAAGACGGCUGAGCGUCGGAGGCCCCUGGAUGAAUUCAACAAUGGAGUUGUCAUGACCAACCGUCCACUUCGGGAUAAUGAAAUGUUUGAGAUCCGUAUUGACAAGCUUGUAGACAAAUGGUCUGGUUCCAUCGAGAUUGGUGUCACCACCCACAAUCCCAACAGCUUGGAGUAUCCAGCCACCAUGACCAACCUGCAGUCAGGCACCAUCAUGAUGAGUGGCUGUGGGAUCCUGACCAACGGCAAGGGUACGCGCCGCGAGUACUGUGAGUUCAGUCUGGAUGAGCUGCAGGAGGGUGACCAUAUUGGCCUCACGAGGAAGUCCAACUCUGCCCUGCACUUCUUCAUUAAUGGCAUCGAUCAGGGUGUAGCUACUCCGUUGACACCACCAGUAGUCUAUGGUGUGGUAGACUUGUAUGGAAUGGCUGUGAAAGUGACCAUAGUCCAUAAUAAUAACCACAGUGACCGUCUCCGCCGGAACAAUGCCAUCCUGAGGGCGCUGUCCCCCGAGGGUGCCCUUCGUCGUGCCGCCCCUGCAGCCUCGGCAGAGCCUGAACGCCUGCUCUUCCACCCUAACUGUGGCCAGAAGGCGGCCAUCACCCACGAGGGACGCACCGCUUUGAGGCCCCAUGCCACUGAUGACUUCAAUCAUGGCGUGGUACUGAGCAGCAGAGCCCUCCGGGAUGGAGAGGUGUUCCAGGUGCGCAUUGACAAGAUGGUGGACAAAUGGGCUGGCUCCAUUGAGAUUGGCGUCACUACCCACAACCCUGCCUACCUCCAGUUGCCCUCUACCAUGACCAAUUUACGCUCUGGGACCUGGAUGAUGACUGGGAAUGGGGUAAUGCACAAUGGAACAACCAUCCUAGAUGAAUAUGGACACAAUCUGGACCGCCUCAAGGCAGGGGACACAGUAGGUGUGGUACGGCGAGAGGAUGGAACGCUCCACUUCUUUGUCAAUGGAAUGACUCAGGGCCCUGCUGCCUGGAAUGUACCCCCGGGUGUCUAUGCUGUCGUUGAUCUCUACGGCCAAGCUGCCCAGGCUACUAUUGUGGAUGACGUGGAAGUCCCUCCAGUCUCUGAGCCACUCCCGGAAGGAAACAACCAGAUGUCUCCUAGUUCUCCAGCCUCAGCAGUUGGGGGUUCCGACCUGCGCUUCCACCAGCUGCAUGGCAGUAAUGCAGUCAUCACUAAUGGUGGCCGCACUGCUCUCCGCCAUAACUGCCGCAGCGAGUUCAAUGAUGCCAUUGUCAUUUCCAACCGAGCCCUGCGGGAUGGAGAACUGUUUGAGAUUGUCAUUCAGAAGAUGGUAGACCGCUGGUCAGGUUCCAUCGAAGCUGGAGUGACUGCUAUUCGUCCUGAAGACCUAGAGUUUCCCAACACCAUGACAGACAUUGACUAUGAUACGUGGAUGCUGAGUGGUACAGCUAUCAUGCAAGAUGGCAACACGAUGCGCAACAACUAUGGGUGUGAUCUGGACGCACUGGGCACAGGUGCACGCAUCGGCAUGAUGCGAACUGCCAAGGGUGAUCUGCACUAUUUCAUUAAUGGACAGGACCAAGGCGCUGCCUGCUCAGGCUUGCCUCCGGGUAAAGAGGUGUAUGCAGUAGUGGAUCUCUAUGGCCAGUGUGUCCAAGUGUCUAUUACCAAUGCUACCGGCCCCAUGGACAACAGCCUGGCAACCAGCAACACUGCCACUGAGAAAUCAUUUCCCUUGCAUUCCCCAGUGGCGGGUGUAGCACACCGAUUCCAUAGCACUUGUGGCAAGAAUGUCACUCUGGAGGAGGAUGGCACACGGGCAGUCCGUGUGGCUGGCUAUGCGCAUGGCCUCGUUUUCAGCACCAAGGAGCUCAAGGCGGAAGAAGUUUUUGAGGUGAAGGUGGAAGAGCUAGACGAGAAGUGGGCAGGCUCCCUCCGGCUGGGGCUGACCACACUAGCACCCGAGGACAUGGGGCCUGGAGCAGGCAGUGGGCCAGGGCUGCCUCCUUCCUUGCCUGAACUCCGGACAAAGACCACUUGGAUGGUGUCCAGCUGUGAAGUGAGACGUGAUGGGCACCUCCAAAGGAUGAACUAUGGUCGGAACCUCGAGAGACUUGGGGUGGGAAGCCGUGUGGGCAUUCGUCGGUGUGCAGAUGAUACUAUGCACAUCUUGGUAGAUGGAGAAGAUAUGGGGCCUGCAGCCACCGGCAUUGCCAAGAAUGUCUGGGCUGUGUUGGAUCUCUAUGGGCCAGUACGCAGUGUGGCUAUUGUCAGCUCCACAAGACUGGAGGAACCAGAAGGCACCCAGCCACCUUCUCCUAGCUCAGAUACUGGCAGUGAGGGCGAGGAAGAUGAGGAGGGCGAGGAACAUGGGCUGAGAGGCCAGAAUCAAGUGGGUGUUAUGCCCACAGCCCUUGAAUUCCUGGAGAACCAUGGGAAGAAUAUCCUCUUAUCCAACGGGAACCGUACAGCCACUCGGGUGGCCAGCUACAACCAGGGCAUCGUUGUCAUCAGCCAGCCCCUGGUACCCCAUAUGCUUGUUCAGGUGCGGAUAGAUUUCCUGAACCGACAGUGGACAUCCUCUCUUGUUCUGGGAGUCAUCACCUGCCCACCUGAGAGGCUUAACUUCCCUGCCUCUGCUUGUGCCCUUAAACGGGCAGCCUGGCUCCUGCGGGGCCGUGGCGUCUUCCACAAUGGUCUGAAGAUCUGUGAGAAGUUUGGGCCAAAUCUUGACACCUGCCCUGAAGGCACCAUCCUGGGACUGAGGCUAGACUCCUCUGGAGGGCUCCAUCUCCACAUCAACGGGGUGGACCAAGGGGUAGCUGUACCAGAUGUGCCCCAGCCAUGCCAUGCACUUGUGGACCUCUAUGGACAGUGUGAGCAGGUGACAAUUGUGAGCCCUGACCCAGGGACUGCCAGUGGGAAGACUGCUGGAACCCAAGGGGACAUGGAAAAAGCUGAUAUGGUAGACGGUAUCAAGGAGAGUGUGUGCUGGGGUCCACCGCCUGCUGCUAGCCCUUUAAAGAGCUGCGAGUACCAUGCCCUUUGCUCCCGCUUCCAAGAACUGCUGUUGCUUCCUGAAGAUUAUUUCAUGCCUCCACCAAAGCGUAGCUUAUGCUACUGUGAGUCUUGCCGGAAGUUGCGAGGAGAUGAGGCCCACAGGCGCCGAGGAGAGCCUCCCCGAGAAUAUGCCCUGCCUUUUGGAUGGUGCAGGUUCAAUCUUAGGGUGAAUCCCCAUCUGGAAGCUGGCACACUUACUAAGAAGUGGCACAUGGCCUAUCAUGGAAGCAGCGUAGCAGUUGUACGGAGAGUGCUGGACCGAGGGGAAUUGGGAGCAGGAACUACCUCCAUCCUGAGCUGCCGACCCUUGAAGGGAGAGCCUGGGGUGGGCUUUGAGGAGCCUGGUGAGAACUGUGCACCUCCCCGGGAGGAGCAGCCCCCUGCAGUGCUGCUCUCCCCCUCCCUUCAGUACGCUGGGGCAGAGACCCUGGCCUCCAAAGUGCAAUUCCGGGACCCAAAAUCCCAGCGGACACACCAGGCUCAGGUGGCCUUUCAGGUGUGUGUGCGCCCUGGCUCCUAUACUCCUGGCCCUCCCUCUGCGGCCCUCAGAGAACUUCCUGACCAGCACUUCAGCCCAUCAGAACUUGAGUGGGUCACUAAGGAGAAGGGAGCCACACUCCUCUAUGCCCUGCUGGUACGGGUGGAAUAAGGGGUGAGAUACCACUACUCCAAGCACAGCCGGGCCUCAAGCCCAGGACUCUUGAAUGACGACUGCCUCCACCUCAUUCCAGUGACUUAUGGCAUGUACAGGUGCUUUCCUGGCCGGAGGAGCACGUAGACAGGCUUUGAUUUAGACCAGGUGUGAAGCACAUCUCUACAUUCAGGGCCCAGCACACUCCCUCUGCCGAGAGGGAGCUUGUAGGGAGCCCAGCUCCAGUCUCUGGGUCCCCCCUUCAUGCACUGACUUGGGGAACAUGACUCCCUAUUAUUACCCUCCCCCAUAUCACUUAAUUUAUUUCCGUUUUUGUUUCUGGUUACUGUGAAUCCCAAAGGAGUCUCUGUGCCCACAUGAAGCUGCUUUUUCCAUGGCCACCGGGCGCCAUGAGGCGGGAGUGGGUAAGGAAGGGGCGGCCCGAGGAAGCUGUGGGCCCUCUGUACAGUUGUUACUGACUCUGAUUUCUAAGGAGCCAAUAAAUACUGUCUUCAGAGCA